CCCGGGCUCCUGCCCCGCCCGUCCCGCCUGCCCGCUCGUCGGUCCCCGCGGCGGCGGCGGCGGCGGCUGCCCAGUGACAGCGGAGGCGGCAGCAGGCCGGCCGUAGUAGCUUAGGGUCGUCCGGCCUGGAAACGCACACCCGGCCGAAGGGCGGCGCCGCGCGAGGAAGGCCAGAGCCGGGGCGCGCGGGAGGAGACCUCGCGGGCGCCGGACGAGAGGCCGGCGUGAGGGGGCGCGGAGGUAGUGGCCGCCGGCGGCCCGGACCCGCCUGUCCCCGCGGCCGCCGCCGGCAUGAGCCACAUCCAGAUCCCGCCGGGGCUCACGGAGCUGCUGCAGGGCUACACGGUGGAGGUGCUGCGGCAGAAGCCGCCCGACCUCGUCGACUUCGCGGUGGACUACUUCACCCGCCUGCGCGAGGCCCGCUCGCAACCCGCCAGCCCGCCCGCCGCCCCUCCUUCCGGCUCCCAGGGUCUGGAGCCCUGCCCUGGCCUGGUCGCCGACGCGAAGGCGGACACCGAGUCGGAGGACGACGAGGACCUGGAUGUUCCAAUUCCUGGCAGAUUUGAUCGGCGAGUAUCAGUCUGUGCUGAGACCUAUAACCCUGAUGAGGAAGAGGAAGAUACUGAUCCAAGGGUGAUUCAUCCUAAAACUGAUCAACAGAGAUGCAGACUUCAGGAAGCUUGCAAAGAUAUUCUCCUUUUCAAAAAUCUUGAUCAGGAACAACUUUCUCAAGUCCUUGAUGCCAUGUUUGAAAGGACAGUCAAAGUUGAUGAGCAUGUCAUUGACCAAGGAGAUGAUGGAGACAACUUUUAUGUCAUAGAACGGGGAACUUAUGAUAUUUUAGUAACAAAAGAUAAUCAAACCCGCUCUGUUGGUCAGUAUGACAACCAUGGCAGUUUUGGAGAACUCGCUCUGAUGUACAACACCCCGAGAGCUGCUACCAUUGUCGCCACUUCAGAAGGCUCCCUUUGGGGACUGGACCGUGUGACUUUUAGGAGAAUCAUAGUGAAAAACAAUGCAAAAAAGAGAAGGAUGUUUGAAUCAUUUAUUGAAUCUGUGCCCCUCCUUAAAUCACUAGAGGUGUCGGAACGAAUGAAGAUUGUGGAUGUAAUAGGAGAGAAGGUCUAUAAGGAUGGAGAGCGCAUAAUCAUGCAGGGUGAAAAGGCUGAUAGCUUCUACAUUAUAGAGUCCGGAGAGGUGAGCAUCCUGAUCAGAAGCAAGACCAAAGCGAACAAGGACGGCGGGAACCAGGAGGUCGAGAUAGCCCGUUGUCGUAAGGGGCAGUACUUCGGAGAGCUGGCACUGGUCACCAACAAGCCCAGAGCUGCUUCAGCAUAUGCAGUGGGGGAUGUCACAUGCUUAGUUAUGGACGUACAGGCGUUUGAGAGGCUUCUGGGGCCCUGCAUGGACAUCAUGAAGAGGAACAUCUCACACUACGAGGAACAGCUGGUGAAGAUGUUUGGCUCCAGCAUGGAUCUGAUUGACCCCGGGCAGUAGGUGUGCCCCAGCCCAGAGCCUUCUCAGUGUGACACCGAAACCUUCUGGUCAGCCACAGAACACACGCAGAAGACAGACACGACAGACCCGUUCCUGCUCUCACCACCGCCGCCAGCUGCUAUUGCCGUGGCCGUGGACAUGUAGGACACUUGAAAGUCAGCACUACAGGAUGGGCAGAGGUUCCGCCCACACCUCCUCCACUUUGCUUCUGAAAGCCCAUUAUUAGACCACUCGUAAUGAUUAUUCCAGCCCAGUUGUCACAUCUUUGGUUCAUAAUGGCAUGUCUCUCCAGCAGUUUAAGUGCCUGAUACAAAGUCCACAGCGUAAUCAUCUUCCUUUCCUCUCUGGCUGCUACUGUUGCUGUUGGAAGUCACCACAGGUCUGCACAGAGCUGUGUUCAACUGUAGACACCCGCCCCUGACCUUCCUCAAGGGAGGCAUUGUCGUAGCCCUUGAUCUUCUCGUUUGUCCUUUGAGAAAGUCCGCAUUUGUUCACACUGGUAGCCUUCGGUUUUACAGUAGAAGAUGCGGCAGGGAGGCUGGAGGUCUGCGGGCCUGGGGCAUCCAUGACAGCUAUCUCCAAACUCACAGCGAUGCUGGGGGGAAGGCCCUGCCCCGGGCCCAGCAGCUCAGCACCCCAGAGUACACUGAUUGGUUAUGAAGACCCGUGUUAGAGCAGAGAAUUUGGGUUCAGCACGUUCUUCAGGUAGCGGAGAGCCAGGGAAGGUUUUCUGGGUUGGGGGUUUUGUUUUGUUUUGUUUUGUUUUAGUAGAUUUUGUUUUGUUUUAUUUAAUCUCUGUGCGGUUUGCAUGAAUGAAUUACUGUCCGUUUCUAAGGAGCCAGGGUCUGGAUGUGCCAUGACUUUAUCUGACCCAAAUACUUCCCUGGGCAACUCCUGCCAUCUUGUUUCCAGUUACCCCUACCCGCUGAUAAUGGCAGUGUGCCAGCAAGAGGUUGUACUACAAAGAGAGCCCUUUCCUUCUCCAGUGUUGUUACAUAGCUUUGCUGUUGAACUAUCAAUUUUUAAAUUCUUUAAAGAAGAAGCAGCUAUUUUUUUGAAAUUAAAAAUUUUUUAUUUCUGCAUUUGGGGAAUUCCCGUUGACCUGGUCAUAUAUAUCAGUGUGUCAGCUGACUCAGGCAUUCAUCCUGAAGAUCAACUCUUUGUUUUUAAAAAUCAGAAUCAGGGCGCCUGGGUGGCUCAGAUGGUUAAGCGUCUGCCUUCGGCUCAGGUCAUGAUCCCAGGGUCCUGGGAUCGAGUCCCGCAUCGGGCUCUCUGCUCCUUGGGAGCCUGCUUCUCCCUCUGCCUCUCUCUCUCUGUCUCUCAUGAAUAAAUAAAUAAAAAUCUUUAAAAAAAAAAUCAAUCAUUCACUAUUUCAUGGAAUUACUGCAAAGACCUUUCUAGUUAAGGUGUUGGGAUAUUUGGGGUUCCAAUUAUUAACCCCAGAGGAAAGUAAAUUAGCUUGUAUUUUAAAACUUUUUAACCUUUUAAUUAUAUCAAGUAGAAUUGUGAUGAAUUAUCCUAAUUAACUAGAUAUAGUUCAGGAUAAAUUUUUUUUUUUUUUUUGAGAAUGACUUAGAAUCAGAUGCUACAAGAGAUCCUAAGAGCAGUGUGAAGUUUGCAUAGAGAUAAAUUUGAAUAUUGUAGCCAAGCUUAUAUUAAAUCAAGAGGCCCUUUCCAAUAUGAUUUACUUUUUAAACUUGUGUAACUCAAUAAAUCCCUAAGAGAUUGCAUGCUGAGGCUUGAGUCAUUCCUGUUGUAGGAUAAUGAUGGAGCCCACAUGGUCACUUCUAUUGUCCAUAGAAGCCGGGCUCUCUGCUUUUGCCAUGGACAGUGUGGUGGAGGGAUUUCUAGAGUGGUGACCCACCACAACCUUGGUCAAGUCUCCCUUUUUCUUGUGUUCCGUGAAGUAAAAGCAGAAGGACUCUUUUCAGACAGCCCUAGCUAGGUAGCCUGCAUUGCAGCUCUCAGAAUCAUGAAAGGUUGUAACUAAUACUCCCAAACAGGCAGCUAGCUAUGGGAAAGCCCAUGUGGUUUUUUUCCCACAAUUUUCCAAGGUUCUUUUCUAGGGUGUUGCUUUAUUAUCAAAUAAAUUACGAAAGAAGAUCUUGUACUUUAGCAGACAAGAAUCACACCUGUUUCUUCCAAAAGGAGCAGGCACAGACAGUGAGCUUUAGGAGUGUCACAGAGCUCUAGCCCCCUCUAUUCGAGGACUCUGUUUAAACACUGAGCAGAUGCCCCCUUUGCACCCCCGUGCCAGCAUUAGUCAGGGCUGGCUGGGAGCUCAGUGCCAGAGUCACUCCUGCAGGCUGCUAGGCAUGGGCUUCUCAUCCUGCCUUCUUGCACAUCCCAGUUCAGUCUUCCCCCUUCACAGAAGCCUCUUUGGUACCCCCAACUCACUGAUGGUUGCUGUUUUACAGAGUAGAAUUCAUCCAGGUUUGAGUCCUCCUGCUCUAACUACAGACUGACAUAUGGGUCAUGAGUAUAGAUCCUCACUGCAUACAGGGCCCCUUGGGGGUCUGGCUUAGGAAGGAAGACUUUCACUCACCAGUGUGAGUGCAAUAGUACCAGGAGUCUGACAGGGUUCCAGUUCUCUUGGCAGCCUGGGGGAUCAGAGGUGGCAGACUGAGCUCAACUGAGGGCUCAGGUGUCCACAGUAUGCCAGGCAAGCCCUGCACUGUUGGUUGAGCCUCAAGGAGAGGAGUGUAUUGGGAAGAGAUCCCUUUUAUAUUCUUCUCUUCCAUGGGUUAGAGCUUCACGUCCUCUUUCCUGGCUUUGCUAUUGAUUUGGGAUGAUGGAAAAUAUUCCUGAGAGCCUUGAGGCCCAACCUACAGUAUUAUCCUUUCUUCUAGCCCCAGUUUAUCACACCCACCCUCUUGUUUUGGUUGUAGUCUCUGAAGGAAGGCUUCACGUGUGCUGUCCUCUUAGUUGAUCGUUUUACAUAUAAUUGCUGUAGAUUCUCAGGAGUCAGGGUGCAUCUUUUCUUUGAGCAGUUUAAUGAGUGAAUUCAGCAGCAAAGUGGCAAGAAAUGGUUCUCCGACCAGGAGAGGUCAUGUUCAUCCUCUUAAUGCCCAGAUUCUCUGCUCGCAGUGGUAGUCAGUGAGAGGUGCCCCUGGGGCCCAGCGGUACCCUGGGCAUACAGCAUUUCCACGUCAAGUCGCUGUGCAGAAACCGUCUUCUCUCAUUUAGAAAGAGUGAAAGAGCAUUUUUGCACAGCGUAAAAGGAAAAAGACCCAUGAAUGUCAUCUUUUAUAUUUUGUUUUCGGUUGGCUGAUGUUGGAAUUUUUGUUCUUGACAUACACUUGUAAACCAGUCUUGCCAAGAUACAAGUUGUUUUGGUUUUUCACUACAAUUACCUCUUGUUCCUCCUGUCUUGACUGCUGACAUUCCUCAAUGAUUCUAAUGUCUAUUUUAUGGGAAGUGGCCUUCCCCUGUGGGUUUCCUUUUACACACUGCAGGGCUAUCUUUAUACUUAAAAAAAAAAGAGAAAAAAAAAAAGGAGGAAACUGUCACUAACCUCAUGGGGUAUUUGUAGAAAACCAUUUAGCCCACCUUGAGCAAAAGGUAGAUUUCCUCAUUGUUUUCUUAAGCUCAUUGUAAGAAAAGAAAUCUAAUUCAGCAUUAUUGUGCUACCUCAAAGGUAAAAUGUUUUAAGGUCUUUUUUUGGUCCUGAGUUCUACACAUAGUGUUUGAAAUGUCUUUCAAUUGGAGUUGUUUUUAAAUCAUUGGGGAGAAUCUUAUUUUAACCGUUUUACACUUGUAUUUUAAUGUCAGAAGAAUAAGUGAUUAGAAAGUGAUCAAUUAUUGCUCUGUAGUAUUGAACAUAUAAUUAAAUCAUUGUUUGCCAUAAACAAGGUUGGGUUUUUUAAAAGGAAACUCUAGGGCUCGGCUGUGCUUUUGGUUAAUAAAGGCUGACAAAUCAUGUCUGG